AUGGCUAUCUGUACUUAUAACGCACGUACGCUUGCAUCGGAAGCGGCCAUCGAAGAUCUGAUGAUGCAAGCCAAGAAGAUCAAGUACGACGUCAUCGGAAUGACCGAGACGAGACGACGUCACCCUCUCAACGCCGUAUAUGAGACUGGAGAAGAACUUCCUCGUCAACACGAGACGGCAAAGAACAUCGACUCUUUCGAACAACUUGCGACCCGAAUCGGACGUCUGCGGAUGAGAAGAUGUGGUCCAACACCAGCUUUGACUAUCUUCGUCGCUUACGCUCCAACAUCAAGCUACGAAGAAGAAGAAGUCGAAGCCUUCUAUAUGGACCUGGAGAAGUUCUACCGAGAAGAUCAUGCCAUCUACAAGGUCAUAAUUGGCGAUUUCAACGCCAAAGUUGGCCGAAGAAGAACGCCUGAGGAACUUCACAUCGGAACCCACGGCCUACAAUGGAAUGACCAGGGGGAGAGGCUCUCCGAGUUCAUCAUGACGACCAAGACCAUCCAUGGGAACUCGCAAUUCCAGAAGCCCUCCUCCCUACGCUGGACGUGGGAGUCACCCGGUGGAGGGUACCGUAAUGAAAUAGACCACAUCAUCGUUAAUAAAAGGUUCUGCCUGACGGAUGUCGCUGUUGUACCAAAGUUCUAUACGGGAUCGGACCAUCGUUUCCUUCGAGGAAAAUUUUCCUUCACAAGGAGAGCAGAGAAAGCCGCCAAGUUUAGAGAGAGAAGUCCCAGGACUACCAUCAACUGGGAUCUCUUCGCUACGCUAGCCGGCUUAUGGGAAGAUUUCGCAAUGGACAACAUCGACGAGGAAUAUGACCGGCUUGUUGAACACCUUCACGACCGCACGAAGAAGGCUGAGAGUUUUAAAACCACCAAGAGACGCCUGUCUCUUGAAACUCUUGAUCUGAUACGCCAGCGUGGAGCAGCACGAGCCGCAGGGAACCAAGAACUCACGUCCGAGCUCGCAAGGCUUUGCAGAGAGGCGGUAAAGGAAGACCUUAAAGAGAGAAGAGCAGAAGUGCUGGCUGAAGCUGCAGAGGCGGGAAAAGCAUUCGCUAUGCCCGUCGAGACUUCGCCAGUCGCAAGACGAGGAUGA